AUGCCUAACACAUCGGUUGGGAACAUCAGUCUAUUGAUUAGUAUUUUAUAUAAUCGGCACCUUCACACGCCCAUAUACUUCUUCCUCACCAACCUCUCCUUCAUUGACGUGUGCCACGCCUUGGUCACUGCACCCAAGAUACUGUUUGACUUCCUUUCCAUAAAGAAGAUCAUUACCUUUGGGGUUUGCUUGGUACAGAUGACCUUCCUCCACCCUUUUACCUGCGUAGAGGUCUUCGUCCUCACCAUCAUGGCCUAUGACCGCUAUCUGACCAUCUGCAACCCUAUGCACUACCUCACCAUCAUGAACCACAAGGUCUGCUUGCUGCUGGCUGGUGGAUGGCUGGGCAGGACCAUGCACUCCAUAGCUCUGACCUGCAUGACCAUCAAUCUACCCUACUGUGGGUCCCGGGAGAUAGACAAUUUCUUCUGCAACUUGCCGCCGGUCAUCAGGCUGGCCUGCACCGACACCUACAUCAUCGAAGCACUCAUCAUCACCAACUCGGGGCUCAUCUCCAUGAUCUGCUUCGUGGUGCCGGUAGGUUCCUACAGCAUCAUUCUGGUCUCCUGGCAAAACCGCUUCUCCGAGAGGCGGUGCAAACCCCUUUCCACCUGCAUCGCCCACCUGACCGUGGUGACGCAUUUUCUGGGUCACUGCAUCUUCACCUACUCCCGCCCUUCCAUCCGCUUCCCCGAGGACAAGGUGGUGUCGGUGUUCUUCACGGCCAUCACCCCCUUGCUCAACCCCAUCAUCUACUCCCUCAGGAACGAGAACAUGAAGCGGGCGCUCAGUAAUCUCCUGGGGAGAAAGGUGGAUGCCGAGGAGAAAUAG